AUGUCAAUUCAAUUCAUGAAGCUUGAAAAGAUAUACUUAGCCAAUGUUGUUCUUUACUUGAAUGACAUAGACUCAGCAAUAAACUUUUGUUGCAUCAACACAAAAUGUUUUGACGCUCUCCAAAUCAUUCGAAUUAAUCCGCAAUACAAAGUUGCUCGUCGUGGCGUUUUUGAAAAUUACACCGAGUCUAAACAGUCCGAGUACACCACAUACAAAAGAAUAGCAAAAUUGUUUAGUAACUUAGAAACCUUUGUUGUUCCCCAAGAAUCCCUCCAACUGACUCCAAAGUGUGCUGAACAUAUCGUCUUGACGUCUUAUAAUGGAACCAUUCAGAUACCAGACAACAUGACGGAUAGACUUGUCGAAAUCACAAUCGGCAUCAGAGGUUUUGCGCUUAAUUUAGACCAAUUUCCAUUCCUUCGAAAGGUGCACUUCACCGCAAUCAUUGCGCAGAAACUCGAGAAUUUCUUUGGCUCCAAAGCGAAGCGCUACGACUUAGUAGAAGUCACUCAUCAAUAUUACAGCAACAACGAUGUCGGCUUCUACAAAAAAGUGAAUCUAUUCAACUUCGGAAAGUUUGUUGUGCGUUUCUACAAUAUAGGUGACCUCAAAGCAGUAAUCGACGAAUUUCCAGAAUUCACAACCAUCGCUAUUUCGUGUGUAACAAGUGUUGGCGAACUGAUAUACCCCAACACUUAUUUAUUCUCCCCUAACAACAAAGUGUUCCAAUUUUCAAGCGAUAUCCCUGAAAACGUUAUUCAGUUGUAUGCAUUUGGGUGUGUCCAAGUAACCAAAAACGCCGAUUUGGAUCUUUCAAAAUUCCCCGCACUCUAUGACCUUGACAUUUCGGUUGCAAAAAACGUCGAUUUACCAACAACUUUAACAGCAUUAACAACCACAAGAGUGGUGGAUGUGACAAGUUGUGUAAAUCUUGAAAAACUUGAAACAAGUGGGUGUGUGUGGGAUGUCAUUCCAAGUAGUGUCAAAGAGCUCAUUGUCACUGAUGGUAAUGUGAAUUCGCUUGACUGUAAUGAACAUUUGAUUUCUCUGACAUUCUCAAAUGAGGUGAGUUACAAAAAAGGGCAGAAAGAGCGAUGCGACAAACACGACGGGAGAACCAAAGCGGUGUUUGCACUGCCUUUAAAAAAUUGCGUCAACUUGAAAUCAGUCUCUAUUAACGAAUUCAAAAUUACCAACUCGUUCACCCAUUUGACUAAUUUGAAGGAACUCGUUUUGACCGAGUGUAGUGUGGAUGAAAUCGAUGCUGACAAAGUGUUUUACCCAAACAAUUUGGUCUCAUUGAAAUGCAGACACUCACAACUUCCAAAAGUCGAAACUACACAACACCUCACAUCGAUGUGUGUUGCUGGGUUCUUUGCCAAAAGCGCGAUCGACAUCUCGAUGUACACAACACUAUGCGACGUGAAAUUACGAUCAUUAAAUGUCGAUGUUAAAUUGCCAAUGAUCAGACGCCUUGAGAUCAAUGCAAGUCGCCACGCCUUUGAUUUGAAGUAUUUAAGUACACUUGAAAUUAUUGUGCUUGACAAGUUUAGUGGAAGUAUUGUAUUGCCAACGACCAUUAAAACUAUAGUGAUGAACAACUCGAAUCCGACCGUCACAAAUAUCGAUGAUAUUCGUCCUCAAGUAUUUUUGAAUGGAUCGACGCUCCGCCAUUCGCAAGUCUCUCCUGUUGUGUUUUAA